AUGGUGCCCAACCCCUUUGAGAGCAACAUGUACUCGGGCAAGGCCCUGAUCAACGUCAUGUCCUACGACCGCGAGCUGUUGUUUGGCGUAGGGGCCGCACAGAAGAGCUUGAUGAAGCACUACAGUUACGACGUCGAGCAUCCCCUGACGUUUCAACAGCAGAUGGAGACCGAGUGCCAGAAGGAGCGCUAUUCCUUGACACUGGUCAACGGACCAAGCGACAAGCAGUCGGCCAAAGCCUACAUCGCCAACGUGGACGUGAACAAUGACAACACCAUCUCACAGUACCUCACCUUCAGCGGCAACGAUAAAAACAACCUGAUGACCAUCAAGUUAGCUGGCGUCGUUGCCGUAUGCUACUGCGCUAUGGUCUCGCCCCAGGAUGAGUGUGAAAGCUCCUCAUUCUGGAUCUUUGGCGGUCUCAUGACUAUUCAGGGCCCAGAAGGUGGACGCAGCUUCAUCUUUCCCACAAAUGUGGUCGUCAAGUUUGACCUGAAGGGCUGGGGAUUCAGUCCAAACGACAAGAUCCGCAUCAUCCCAGCGACAUCAGCAUGCUCCGACAACAACAACGACCCGAAUUCCUACACCGGCUUCAAAGUGCGAUGCCCUGCCGUUGAUGGCAAUGGCUGCAGGCAGGCAGCUCUCACUGAGUCCAUUGACACGAAUGUGCUGACCGCCUCCGACGCCGGGGUCUACAUCGAGCGUGUUGACAUUGGCCAAACCUCCAGUGUGCUGACCUUCUCGGAUCCCAUCUCUACACACCUUACCAACGACCCGGAGUUUGGUCAAGACAUCAUCACGAUUGAUCUGGAUCGGAUCAUGGUGAAUGGCAAGUCGAUGACCAACGCGUUGCUGACGCCCACGGAGCGCCAUGAAGCCAACAGACUCGCUGGCCUGUAUGAGUUCCAGGACACCUUCACCAAAGCUGCCAUCGAGACUUACCAGGUGGGCCAUCGCGUCAUGGCACAAGCAGAUUCUCGUCAGAUGCUGAUUCCCACGGGAUGGACCAGCACGGAAGCGUUCCCGUUCACCAUCUCGCCCUUCAGCUUCGUCGACACUCAAGGUCAUUGGAUUAGGCGCAACAAGUUGGACUCCAACGAAGAGAUCAAGGGCACGGAGACGGCUUCAAACCUGAAGCUGUGCUGGGGCAUUUGGACGAACGGCGCUCCCAAGUUCUACCACGAGGCUGGCACCGUGAACUUCGAGGAUCCCCCUCCCAUGGCUGAGGCCACCGUGAGUCUCUCAACCAAGAUGCAGGAGGCAGUUGCUCCCAUCAUCAUUGCCUUCAAAACGACGGCGGGCAGAUCUGAGUAUGCCUCGCCCACAGGGCAAACCAUGCUUAUGCUGCGAUUCAUGGACGUCAGCACCAAGUUGGAGCCCUUCUUCUACUCAACCGAGCAGGGUAUCCGUGGCGUCUAUGCCAUGCCGGAUUACCAGGAAGUCACGAAGGAUCAGCAGAAGCAGCACGUCUGUGGCAAGAUCUUUACCGAGUUCUGGUCCAGUCACUCGGAGGGCUUCCCCAUGCCGGUUGGCUGCUACUACUCGCAGAAGCUCUCGGACUUGCCAACAACAGGCGGCUCCAUCUUUUUCCGCGAGAUCUACAUCACCUUUGGGGAGAGGAACGGUUUGCGGGAGAACACCGAGUAUCACAUUGUGCUGAAUGCGGAAAUCCAAUUCUUCAACAUGGGCGACCAGCUCGUGGAUAUCUACGCCAUGUGUGCGGGCUUCACCGGCUGCUCGAGGCCCUACCAGGUCUUCGAGAAGGGCACAGCCACAGCCUCGCGCGCUACGGAGAUCGGAGCUACGGCUGCGGAGCCACAGUUUUCACUGACGGAUGGCUUCUUGAUCCAGCGCGGCGAUCCUCUGGAUGGGGUGCUCAACCUGUCGAACCUGAACAUUUUGCAGGACUGA